AUGGCCCCGAUUACCUUCUCCCAAGAAGAUACACAAGGAGUUCACCACCCCCACUGUGACGUACUGGUAGUAAGAGUCGUAGUAGCUAGAAACAGACUGAAACGCAUGCUUGUCAACAAUGGUAGCUCGGUGAACAUACUGUUUGGCUCUACCUUCGACAAAAUGCAAUUUGAAUACGGGCUAAUCCCCAUGACUGACCCACUGUUUGGAUUUACUGGAGACAACAUAAUCCCACAAGGACGGAUUACUCUGCUCGUUGAGAUGGGUUCAGCUCCCCUAGUGGCCCAACAUUUCAUGGAGUUUUUGGUAGUAGACCAUAGAGAACUCGACCUGGAUGUGGAAAUGCACGACGCCCCUGAAAUAGGGCAUACCUCCGAGCAGGAGGAAGACGUUGACAUGGAAGAGGCCUUUGAAGAAGGGCACCCUCUCGAAGAAUUAGACCCCCAAAUAACUGGCUCAGAACAGAACACGACCCCAAUGGAAGAACUUGAAACUUUCUCCGCCAACCCAGAGAACUCCAGUCAGCAUGAAGACAUGGUAGGGAUAGACCCAAGGAUCAGUUGCCAUCGCCUAAACAUCAACGCCUCCUAUGCUCCAUGUCAGCAGAAAAGACGGGCCCUCAACCCGGAGGGGUACGAGGUGCUCAAAGAAGAGGUCAACAAGCUUAGCCGCAGCGGCUUCAUCAGAGAAGCCAUCUAUCCGAAGUGGAUAUCCAACUCGGUUCUAGUGAGGAAGCCUAGCGAAAAGUGGAAGGAUACAACCAGAUACCCAUGUUUCGACCUGAUGAGGAGGCCACGCCAUUCAUCACAGACAGAGGACUAUACUGCUACAAAGUCAUGCCCUUCAGAUUGA